UCCUCCUCUUCCUCCUCCUACUCCAACUCCUCGGCACACCAGCUCUGAGAGCGAGAGAGUGAACGAGAGAGGGAGGGAGAGAGUGAGAGCGAGCGAGAUCUUUGGAGAGAUUUUUUUUUUUUUUUUUUUUUUUUUUUGCCUCCUACUUCUGUCUUGAAGCCAGACAAUCGACUUGCAGCUCUCCCUCCCCUCCCUCUCUCUCCACGUUUUGCUCCCACUCUCUCUCCCCUGGCCCCUUCCCCUCCCCUCCGGGCGGAAAGCCCCCCGAAACCAACAAAGCUGAGCCGAGGGAAACAAACAAAACAAACACACCGGGCCAGACAAGCAAUCGACAAAACUUUGCAAAAGCAGAAACAAAAAAGGAAAAACUAAUCAACCUCAACCAACCAGCCCCCGAGCCACCCGGGGCGCCCUCCCGCGCCCUCUCGCACCCUCGCACACACAAAAGGCGGCGCGCCGGAGCCCGAGACCCGGGAGCCGCCGCCGCCCGAAGCCAGGGGAGCAGGAAGUCCGGACGCGGCCCCCAUAGAUAUGGCAAUGGUAGUCAGCACGUGGCGAGACCCCCAGGACGAGGUGCCCGGCUCGCAGGGCAGCCAGGCCUCGCAGGCUCCGCCUGUGCCCGGCCCGCCGCCUGGCGCCCCGCACACGCCACAGACGCCGGGCCAAGGGGGCCCGGCCAGCACGCCGGCCCAGACGGCGGCCGGUGGCCAGGGCGGCCCUGGCGGCCCGGGCGGCGACAAGCAGCAGCAGCAGCAGCACAUCGAGUGCGUGGUGUGCGGGGACAAGUCGAGCGGCAAGCACUACGGCCAGUUCACGUGCGAGGGCUGCAAGAGCUUCUUCAAGCGCAGCGUGCGGAGGAACCUGAGCUACACGUGCCGCGCCAACCGGAACUGUCCCAUCGACCAGCACCACCGCAACCAGUGCCAGUACUGCCGCCUCAAAAAGUGCCUCAAAGUGGGCAUGAGACGGGAAGCGGUGCAGAGGGGCAGGAUGCCGCCCACCCAGCCAACCCACGGGCAGUUUGCGCUGACCAACGGGGACCCUCUCAACUGCCACUCGUACCUGUCCGGAUAUAUUUCUCUGCUGCUGCGCGCCGAGCCCUAUCCCACGUCGCGCUUCGGCAGCCAGUGUAUGCAGCCCAACAACAUCAUGGGCAUCGAGAACAUUUGCGAACUGGCCGCGCGGAUGCUCUUCAGCGCCGUCGAGUGGGCCCGGAACAUCCCCUUCUUCCCUGACCUGCAGAUCACCGACCAGGUGGCCCUGCUUCGCCUCACCUGGAGCGAGCUGUUUGUGCUGAAUGCAGCACAGUGCUCCAUGCCCCUCCACGUCGCCCCGCUCCUGGCCGCCGCAGGCCUACACGCCUCACCCAUGUCCGCCGACCGAGUGGUCGCCUUUAUGGACCACAUACGGAUCUUCCAAGAGCAAGUGGAGAAGCUCAAAGCGCUGCACGUCGACUCCGCCGAGUACAGCUGUCUCAAGGCCAUAGUCCUGUUCACCUCAGAUGCCUGUGGUCUCUCUGAUGUAGCCCAUGUGGAAAGCUUGCAGGAAAAGUCCCAGUGUGCUUUGGAAGAAUACGUUAGGAGCCAGUACCCCAACCAACCAACACGAUUCGGAAAGCUUUUACUUCGCCUCCCUUCCCUCCGCACGGUCUCCUCCUCAGUCAUAGAGCAAUUGUUUUUCGUCCGUUUGGUAGGUAAAACCCCCAUCGAAACCCUCAUCCGGGAUAUGUUACUGUCCGGCAGCAGUUUUAACUGGCCGUAUAUGGCAAUUCAAUAAAUAAUAAAUCAAAAUAAGGGGGAGUGAAACAGAGAGAAAGCAAAGGCAAAAGACUGGUUUGUUUGCUUAAAUUCCUUCUGUUAAGAAAGGAUAUAAAAGGAUGUUACAAGUUUGCUAAAAGAAGAGAGGGGAAGAAUUUAAUGGACUGUGAAUUUCAAAAAAAAAAAAGACUGUCAAAUGAACUUUUACAGAAUGCAUUAAAAAAAAAACUCCUGUGUCGGUCAGAACAACUUGCUACUUAUCAUUUUUGUAUAAAAAGGAAAUUAGUCUUUUUCUUUUUUUGGUAAAUUUUUGAAAAAUAUUGCUAAAAGUGCAUUUAAGGAGAUUGGGAGAAAAUUAGCAGAAUGGAGAAAGUAAGUCUUUUUUUUUUUUCCAAAUUAUUAAUUGUCCUGUGUCUAUGUACCUCUAGCUGUUCUUUUUUGUACUUUUCUGGUUCCAAACCAGUUUAUUCUGUGGUUCUAUAAUAAGUUUUGAUAUAAUCUUGGCUUCUUAAAAACUGUGUAUCCUUAAAAUAUAUGUUCUGCAAGAAUUAAAACUGAGUCCAUGAAAAUAUCAUAGGAAGACAUAAAACUUUAAAAGACAACUCAAAGAUGAUGGAAACGCACUUACAAGUGGUGACCAAAAAUUUUAGGUGAAGUUGAGCACUCUUAAUUUGAGAACUGGAAGAACCACAUACAACACUUAACUUCCCCUACCCCGCCCCCCCCCCCCAAAAGACACCAUAACAAACCUAGCUUUUUAAAAAUAUUUUAAGAAAGAGAAUGAACUGUGGAAUCUAUUGGCAGCCAAGGAAUGUGUCCAAGACACAUGCUGAGGUUUUGAAUAAAAAGUGAACUUUUGUAAUUUGAAUUGGGUCCCGCUUAGUUCCUGAAUUGUUAUGAAAAUCCUCUAUCUGUUUGUAUAUUUGCAAACCCUUUGUAUUAUAAUUGUUGAUAUUUUCCCUUUUUAAAAAAAAUACCAUUGAAAUCAGCAUGACAAAAUAACACUGUUGGCACUUAUAGGUAACGUGAUUGAUUCAGUAUCUUAGAGUUUACAGUUUGUGUUUUAAAAAAAACUGAAGGUUUUUUUUUUAAGUGCAACAUUUCUGUAUACUGUAAAAGUUAUAAUAACUGAAUUGUUUGGUCGAGUCUUUGUGUGUUAUAUUCCAAGGAAAAUUGAAAGUAUUCAGAAAUUAAAAUAUUAUUUGAUAUCUGAAA